UGUAAGGGAAGACGCCGCCUCUGUAACAUCAGGGUGCGAGGGGAGGUGGCCAGGGCUGGGGUAGAUGCUGCAGCAAGUUCUGCGGGAGACCCAGCGGGGUAAGUGAUGAAGGAGGCUACGCGGCGCAGCAGGUUUCCAAUGUGGAUGAAACGGCCUCUACUGGAAGAAGACGCCAGCUAGGACCCUCAGCGGCCGGGGGGACGUCAGUGCCCAGCUGCAAAGCUUCCAAGGGUGGGCUGACUGUCUUGUCAGGGGCUGAGGCAGCUGGUGACUUGAAGUCGAGGCCAGCGCUCAUUGACCAUUCUGGACGUCCCAGGGCCCUGGAGAGUCGUGUUCGUGCCACUCUGCCUAUGCUCUGUGAAUGGAACAACAAAGCCUCGGUGGCAGCACUUGGGAUCACUACGUGGUGUCCUGAAUACUUUAGGUGCCCUGUGGAGACCUACCGCUCCGAAAAAAAUCUUCUUGUCAAACCACGACUGCUCACCGACAAUGCACCUGGUCACGCACGAGCUCUGAUGGAGAAGUAGAACGAGACGAUGGCUGUUUCCUGCUGACACGGCAGCCAUGCUGCAGCCCGGGGAGCAAGGAGGCAUUCGACUUCCAAGUCUUAUUAUUUAGGAAAUACAUUUUGUAAGGCGGUGGCUGCCAUAGAUAGUGAUUCUUCUGAUGGAUUUGGGCAAAGCAAAUUGAAAACCUGGCAAAGAUUCGCCAUUCCAGGUGCCACUAAGAACAUUCGUGAUUCAUGGGAAGAGGUCAAAAUAUCAACAUGAACAGGAGCUUGGAAGAAUUCGAUCGCAACCUUCAUGGAUGACUCUGGCGGGUUCAAGACUUCAAAGGAGGAAGUGUGGGGGAAAGAGCGAGAGAACUAGAACAGGAAGUGGAGCCUGAAGAUGGGACUGAAUGGCUGCCAUCUCAUGAUCAAACUAACAGAUGAGGAGUUGCUGCUCAUGGAUGAGCAAAGAAAGGGGUUGCUUGAGAUGGAAUCUACUCCUGGGGAAGACGCUGGGAAGAUUGUUGAGAUGGUAACAGAAGAUUUAGAGCAUUGCAUAAACUUAGUUGAUAGAGAAGCGGCAGGCUGGAGAGGACUGGCCAAUUUUGCAAGAAGUUCUACUGUGAGUAAAAUGCUAUGGAACAGCAUCACGGUGAUACAGAGAAAUCAUUCAUGAAAGCAAGAGUCCAUCCGUGUGGCCAACUUCACUGUUGUCUUAUUUUAAGAAAUGGCCCCAGCUGUUCCCACCUUCAGCAACCCCCACCCAGAUCAGUCAGCAGCCACCAACAGCGAGGCAAGAGCCUCCACCGGCAAGAUUACAACUCGCUGAAAGCUCAAAUGAUGUACCCCCCAGGGAUGCGACAGCAGGUAUUCCAGUUCUUCAGCAAGGUUCUGGCCCAGGUGCAGCACCCCCUCCUGCAUUACCUCAACGUCCACAGGCCUGUGCAGAAGCUUCUCCGACUUGGUGGAACAGUUCCUGGAUCCCAAACAGAAAAGGAGGAGGUACAGUUCACCACCGUCCUCUGCUCCAAGAUCCAACAGGACCCAGCCCUGCUCACCUACAUCCUGGAAGGUAAAAAGAUUGUCAGGAGGAAGAAGUCAUUCAAAGAACCCACCACCCUGCCUAGAGAGGCAGCCAGCAUCCAAGACAAGGACCACCCCCGCAGCAAGGCUCCUGACAUGAGUCCCUGCGGGGCCCGGGCCUUGAGCGCGCAGCCGCCUGCCGAGACAGAGGAGGAGCCGGAUGGAGCGGCUGGAGAGAGCAACCUCAUCACCUCCCUGGUCGGGUUGUGCAAGAGCAAGAAAGGCCGGGUGGCUCUGAAGGCCCAGGAGAACCUGCUGCUCCUGGUCAGCGUGGCUUCACCGGCAGCCGCCACCUACCUGGUGCAGAGCAGUCCUUGUUGUGCCGCCGUGGUCGAGCACCUCUGCCAGCUCUACCAGUCGGUGCCCCCCUUCCUGGACCCGGCGGACGUUGCCGCACUAGAGGGCGUCAGCUGGAGGUUGCCCAGUGCCCCAUCUGAUGAGGCUUCCUUCCCUGGCAAGGACACCUUGGCUGCCUUUUUGGGCUGGUUUGAUUACUGUGACCACCUCAUCACAGAGGCACACAUGGUGGUUGCAGACGCCUUGGCAAAGGCUGUGGCUGAGAAGUUAUUCGUGGAGAUUCUGCAGCCCCACCUCCUGCAUGUUUCUGAGCAGAGCGUCCUGACCUCCACCGCCUUGCUCACGGCCAUGCUGCGUCAGCUCCGCUCUCCUGCCCUGCUGCGAGAGGCUGUGGCUUUCCUCCUGGGCACAGACCCACAGCCUGCAGCCCCCGACGAUGGCCCCCGUACUCUGUGCGCUCACCUCAUCGGGCACUGCGACCACCUCUCUGACGAGAUCAGCAUCACCACCCUGCGGCUAUUCGAGGAGCUGCUCCAGAAGCCACACGAGCAGGUCAUCCGCAGCCUGGUCCUGUGCAACCUGGAGGGCCGCCAUUAUGUGGCCAGGGGCUCACCCGAGCCCGAGAGCUACGAGGACACCCUAGAUCUGGAGGAAGACCCUUACUUCACAGACGGCUUCCUCAACUCCAGCUUUCAACACUCAGCAAAGCCUCCCCCAGCCCCUGCCACCAACUCAGAUGGCAAAACAGCAGUGACUGAGAUCGUCAACAGUUUCCUCUGCCUGGUUCCUGAGGAAGCCAAGACCUCGGCUUUCCUAGAGGAGACGGGAUAUGACACGUACGUCCACGAUGCUUACGGACUGUUCCAGGAGUGCAGCUCCCGAGUUGCCCCUUGGGGCUGGCCCCUGGGCCCCACACCCCUGGACCCCCAUGAGCCUGAACAGCCUUUCUUUGAGGGUCACUUCCUCCGAAUGCUGUUUGACCGCAUGUCCCGGAUUUUGGAACAGCCAUACAGCCUGAACCUGCAAGUGACCUCAGUCCUGUCCCGGCUUGCCCUCUUCCCCCACCCCCUUAUCCACGAGUACCUCCUGGAUCCCUACAUCAACCUGGCCCCUGGCUGCAGGAGUCUGUUCUCUGUGCUCGUCAGGGUGAUCGGGGACUUGAUGCAGAGAAUUCAGAGGGUACCCCAGUUCCCGGGAAAACUGCUCCUGGUGCGCAAGCAGCUGAUGGGUCAGGUCCCUGGGGAGCAGCUGGACCACCAGACUCUCCUCCAGGGAGUGGUGGUUCUUGAGGAAUUCUGCAAGGAGCUGGCUGCCAUCGCUUUCGUCAAGUUCCCCCCACAUGGUCCUCACCUGCACCUCCCCCCUCCCCGAGAAGGGCACGUCUGAGCCAGGAGCAGGACAGGAGGGGAGACUUCUGUCCACACCUCUGCCCACGAGCUGCCUCGUACCUGGCACUGCCGCCACCUCCUGCCUCCCAGGCUGGGGCUUGGUUCCAUCUCUACCUCCCAGGCACCUCUGCCUCUGAGGACGCCUGGGCUUCCACUCCCAGGUUAACUCAAGAAGAUCCUGGCCUGUCAGCCACACGAGACUGGGCUCAGGGAGUGGGUCUCCAAGGAGCAAAAGAGAUGGCCUCCCAGACAGCAUGGUGUCCUCGGGGCCUUCUCGGGGGAGCUGGGUAAUUGCCAGGUGAUCACCCAGACCCAAACCCUCACGUGUCCUGUGCCUAUCACCUGAGUCGACGGGCCAUUCGUGGCCAGGGCCAAGACCUGUGGCUCGGUUCCAGGGGCACAGGGGGGAGUGAGUGAUGGUUCUGAGGCUGGUCAGGACCGCAGGCCAGAGACGGGGGUGCAGGAGCCCCAUCUCUGUCAACGCUAGGUACCACAGACACUGCUGAGACUUGACAUUUUUUCUCCUGCCUUCUUGGCUUAAUCCGUGGCAAAGGGGCAGUGGAUAGCCGGGGAAGCCCACUCUUCCUACCCAGCCCUCCUGGAGACUGUUGCAAAAUUCCCAACCGCCUCCUGGCAAAUAUCCAAAGCAUGCUCCGCGCCCAGGCGGGGGCAGCUGCUAAUGAGAGCCUUGGUGUAACUGCAGCCGGGGCGGGAGAGGCCUUGGGAAGUGGGGGGCUGGGUGCCAGGCUCCGGCUCCAGCUGCUUUCUCUCUGGCACCUCUGAACCCGUCCCGGCUGGUCCUCAACACCUGGGUAGAGGGGCUCAGAGCCUGGCCCUCAGCUUUCCACCCAGCCUGCAGUGCUCUUGAUGGAAUACUCUUCGGGGGAGCCAGGGAGCUCGGGACAGACGAGGCCGGGAUGCCCACCUGACCCCAGGCCCCCAGGGCCCGGCGGGGAGGCGCUGGGGCGCAGGCAGCCGGUUGUAGUGGUGUUCUCCCUGCAUGCCCUUCACGGCCGGGGCUGCCACCCCACCCGGCCUGAAUCUGUCUCAACCUGCAGGAACACACAGGCGGCGCCAGGCAUUACCUCACGGCAGGACUGCAGUGCUGGCUGCGCUCCUGGGCAAGGAGGAGUGGGCCAGAGCCCCUUUCGCUUCCUUUUCCUGCCUGUGCCGCUUCUAGAAGCCGGCCGCAGGUUGCCAGGAGGUGACAUGGAAGAGGAGGAACUCAGUGACCUCUCCCUCUCCUGCGUUCCUCCAAGCCGCUGCUCUGAAGGACACCGUGCAUGGGCAUGCAUGCGUGUGUGCGCACAUGGGUGUUGGCGUGGGACCAGAGAGCCGAGCUCACAGGGCAGAUUGAACUCUUCAAGUCAGAAAAACGUCUGAGCGUCCGGGAGUCACAGAGACUCCCCUCCUCCAUCCCCUUCAGCAUUCACACUGCGUCCCCCCAGACAACACAGCAAUAAAUGGUUUGGUUGCGUGGACACAGCG